GCGCUCGCCGCAGAGCAGUCCGGGUGACGUCAGCGUGGAAGAGGAUCAGCAGUGGGAAUGCGGCGAGUGUGAGGAGUGUUGUAUGUUUCAGUGAGUCAUGGCUGCUUUCAGACAGGAGGAUGUGGAGAAGUUCUACGAGAUGGGGGAGGAGCUUGGCAGUGGGCAGUUUGCUAUCGUGCGUAAGUGCCGUGAGAAGAGCACAGACGCGGAGUACGCCGCCAAGUUCAUCAAGAAGCGGCGUCUGUCGUCGAGCAGGCGUGGCGUGAGCCGCGAGGAGAUCGAGCGCGAGGUGAACAUCCUGCGGGAGAUCCAGCACAGCAACAUCAUCACGCUGCACGACAUCUUCGAGAACAAGACCGACGUCAUCCUCAUCCUGGAGCUGGUGUCCGGCGGCGAGCUCUUCGACUUCCUGGCUGAGAAGGAGUCUCUGAGCGAGGAGGAGGCCACGCAGUUCCUCAAGCAGAUCCUGGACGGGGUGCACUACCUGCACUCCAAACACAUCGCCCACUUCGACCUGAAGCCAGAGAACAUCAUGCUGCUGGAUAAAAACGUUCCCAGUCCCAGGAUCAAACUGAUCGACUUCGGCAUCGCGCAUCAGAUUAAAGAAGGAAACGAGUUUAAGAACAUCUUCGGGACGCCGGAGUUUGUCGCUCCAGAGAUCGUGAACUACGAGCCGCUCGGCCUGGAGGCAGACAUGUGGAGCAUCGGUGUCAUCACCUAUAUUUUGUUAAGUGGAGCUUCUCCUUUUCUCGGUGAGACCAAACAAGAAACUCUGACCAACAUCUCAGCUGUGAAUUAUGACUUUGAUGAGGAAUAUUUCAGCAACACCAGUGAACUCGCUAAAGACUUCAUACGCAGACUCCUGGUUAAAGAUCCAAAGAAGAGGAUGACGAUUCAGGACAGUCUGGAACAUCCAUGGAUCAAGGUGAUAAAGCGGCGUAACGUGCGUCCGGAGGAUAACAGCGGUCGGCGUGGCGAGCGGCGGCGCCUGAAGACGACUCGUCUGAAAGAGUACACCAUCAAGUCCCACUCCAGCAUGCCCCCCAACAACACCUACAUCAACUUCGAGCGUUUCUCCCACGUGCUGGAGGAGAUCACCGCCGCCGAGGACUCCCUGCACCAGCUCGAGCGUAACCGCCGCGCCUGCCGCGAUGACGUCACCGCCCUGCUGUCCAUCUUCGAGGAGAAGGAGAGCUGGUACAAGGAGGAGAACGAGAGCAUCGGUGCCGAGCUGACCCGCGUCCGGUCCGAGCUGCAGCGCGCUCAGAGCCAGCGCCGCCACAACCAGGAGGAGGCGCGAGGCACCACGCUCGCCGCUAACGCCCUCAAACGCAAGUUCACGCGCCUGGAGGGGAAGUACGACAAGCUGGCCGAGCAGGUGGCCUCGGAGGUGCGCUGGGUCGAGGAGCUGGUCCGCUCCUUCGCCACCGACAACGGCGAGGCGCACGGCACCAGCCUGGCGUGAGCGGGAACGGCGAUCCGAGUCCACUAGCGGGAGAUGUGACGCGCCGCGUCCCAAAUCGCACCACUGUACAACAAAUGUUUCGGGAAAGAUAGCGUGCGGUUUCAAACACGCCCAGAUCUGGUCCUCGCUGCUGCGUUCUGAUUGGCUGAGAUGAUGUCUGUAGACCUGAGCGUGUCCGAUGAGAGUGGACUCGGACCUUUGGCGUGUGUGUGUGCGCGUGCGUGUUUUUAGAGAGAGUUUUAAAAACACGAGAUAUAACCUCAUAACCACAGAUUAUUUAUUUUUGUCCCCUCCCCCCCCUCUCUCUCCCCUCUCUACGUCUCAGCGGAUUCUUACGCUUUGUUUUAAAAUUAAGCACUUUGUUGACUAUGCAAUACCUAAUUUACAUAUUUUAAAUGUAACCCUGAUCCUCUGAACAUGGUGUGUAUUCCGGUGCUUUGCUGAACGUCACUGUAUCCUAAAGUCUACCAUAGUCUGUACCCUAACUGUACGUGUAAGAGUUUAUUUUCCUACUCGUGGUGUUGCGUCAUUCCAGUUCUGCAUGACAUUCCAUACAGCAGCCGAGACGCCGGCGCAAAGUGUGAAAGUUUAUUUUUCGACCUGUAUAGAGCUUUAUCUUCUCUUCUCUUCUGCCUUCUUUACAUUCAGCAUUAAAAAUAAAGCCAGUAAACACC